AUGUCUCUCUUUACAAGACAUGAUGGUCAUGAUGAUAUGGACUCUUCGUCCUCGUCGAUGCACAUGAUCAUGACCUUCACCAACUCUCACAAUACUCCUCUCUACGCCGAUGGAUGGACUCCUCAGACAGCAGGUGCUUAUGCAGGCACCUGCAUCUUUUUGGUCCUCCUCGCCAUGAUACUACGGUCUCUCUUCGCUGUCAAGACCAUCUGCGAACACCGUUGGUCUGCCGCAGCACGUAACAGACGUUUCAUUCGCAUCAAGGGACAAUCCACCGAGGCAGGUCGAAUUGACAAUGACCCCGAUGCCAAGGUCGGUUCUUUGGUCACGGCGCAAGGAGUCGAGGAGCAAGUCAAGGUCGUUCAAGCCAAAUCGGGUCACGUCCUCCCAUUCCGAUUGUCGGUUGAUCUACCUCGAGCCAUUUUGACUACUAUCAUUGCCGGUGUUGGCUAUCUACUGAUGUUGGCUGUCAUGACGAUGAACGUGGGCUAUUUUCUGUCAGUAUUAGCAGGUGUUUUCAUUGCUGAGUUGGCGGUGGGACGAUACGUUCACAGUGAGGAGCACGACCAUUAA